UCGGUUUAGGGUUCAAAUUUCAAAUCCAUUGGACGCUGAAAUUCCGCUUUUCUUUCUCUCUCUCCGCCAACGUGCGAUUGGAAGACUGAAGAGAGAUCGAGAGAGGGAGAGCGGCGGCGAUGAGCAGUCCAGCGACGGCGAUGAGCAGUCCAGCGACGGCGUCGUCUGGGACACAGUCGGCGGUCUCCUCCACUCGAUAUCGCUGGGAUGCCCGCAGCCUUGGCGACAGCAGCUAUUUCCCCGGCUGCCGGAAGGACGCCAACUGCCACUGCGAGAUCUGCCUCGCCAGCAUCCACGCAACCCGCGAUCUCCUCCCCUCCGCCGCUUCCUGCCUCCACCAGUCCUCCCUCACCAGACUGUCCGCCGUACGGCCUAAGAAGGCGGCUCCGGCGCCUGUGCCUUUCGGCGACGAAAGCCCUCCCGCCACUCCCGAGUCGCCCGAUUCCACCGUGACCCCUCCUCCCACGCCGCCAAUCCAAUAUCCGGUUAAAUCAAGAUCAGUGAAGGAGAAAUCCGUCAAGAAGCAGCGAUAUUGGCCACUUUUCCUUUCCCUGGUUAGGAUUCUUGUCUGGCUGCUCUUGCUGUUGGCGGCGGACUCAGGCUUUUCAGCAGUGCUGUCGAAAGUCUUCGGCCCUAAAUUGACGCCGGAAGUGAUUUCCAGACUCGGCGAGGAAUCUCGACUACUCGGAGACGAUCUGGAGGGGAUGUUGAAGCUGUUGCAGCAAAGGCUGGGAGAUUUGCUCGAUAGAAAGGUUGCAAAUUGCAGUUCAAUUGAUUCCAACUGGGAAAUGAAUCAGGUUUUCCUCUCCUUCCUGGACGAAUUUCUUACAUCUCACUCCAAAACUAUACUCCACCGCGGAUCAUUUUUGUUGCAGGACGACCAAUUCUUGUUCCAGUGGAGGUGCGUUCUGCACAAAUCAAUAGCAGAGAGAGUGGUCAUUUGGGGAAGUCCCCUGAAGACGACAGGUCUGCUCGCCACUGGUUCUCCUCCCCCAUGGAUGAUGCUUUUAUCCGGCAAGAUCAAAGAGUGGUCAGAUGUGAAUCUGCAAUCCACAACCAGAACUAGCAAUGGCAGUUCAUGGACGUACGAGAGGUGGAGCUCCGCCGCGUUGCAUCUUGACGGCGAGACUUGGGUGUUGGAGUACAAACAAAGUGCUCUGUUUCAAGGGCGAGGAUUUAUUCCGGUCGUGUGGGAGGCACUGAGGCUGAAGACAACACUGAAAUGGCGUGUCUUCCUGAGGCGAUGCUGCGUUCGCCAAGAACAACAAGUAGCAUUUCCGACGUAAUUGAGAAACCAAAUGCUGCGAUGCUGUCUGUCUUCAUCAACUUCGUAGUUAGUGACUUUAAUUGAUAUGUCAAAUGUAGCUCUGACGGUAGCCUGAUUAGCAAAUAUUUGAAUUUUUAUGGUGUGUUUCGAAGCAACUGCAACAAUUUAAGGGGUCAUUUUAAAAAUAUUCGGUAAUUUACCAAA